AAUAUAUUGAAAACUGAAUAUUAUUGUGAAAUAUAAAAAUAUUUGAAAUGUCUUUAUCAGUAGAAUUAUUGAAACGUUUAAACACAAAUGAAGAACCUUUACCCAAACGUUUAAAAUUAGCAGAAAAUGCGUUUUGUGCUAUUGACAUACCAAUAAUACAUAAAAAUGACCAUAUUCUACAAUGGCUUUGUAGUAUACAUCCUAUGGAUCAGAAAAUUUGGAAUUCAUUAAAAAAUUGUUUGAAAAUUAAAUAUUUGAAUAUUAAGACAAAUGUAAUAAAAAUGUUAAUAAAAAUAGUAAUUGAAACAUUUCAGAAAGAUAUGAAAUAUAUAUAUAUAGAUAUUUUUGAAUGCUGUAGUUUAUUAACUUCUAAUAGUGGGAUUCAACAGUAUUUUAUUAGUAAACCAGAAGAUUUAGGACUUUUAAUAAAGUCCUUGUUAGAAUGUGUAAAUAACAUUUUUAAAAAUGCUUUUAAUAUUAAAGAAUCCUCGAUAGAUGGAAUAAAAAUUUCAUUAAUUAACAAAAGUAAUGAACUAAUAUUAACAGCAUAUAAUACAAUAAUUAAUGUUAUAGAAAAUUUAAUACAAAUUUAUAAAUCUGCUUUUAUUAAGAAAGAUAUUUUGAAAGUUAUAUUUAUAAAUGAUAUUUUAUAUCCUUUAUGUGUUAUAAUUGAUCACACCUGUACUGAUAAUAGUAAUAGAUUGGGUGCAAUAACACAUAAAUGUAUUCAGCAAUUAGUAUUUGAAAGAAAAUAUAUUCAAAAUGGAGAAUUUUUAAUAGAUGAAAAUAUAAUAAAAAAUAUAUCUAUUUUGAUACAAAAUGCAAAAAUAAAAGAUUUGCAGAGCAAUUUAAUGAUAUUUAAUUUUUUCUUUCGUGUAGCAGUUAGUACUUUCAAAUCAAAUACUAUUAUAUUAGAUAUAAUAUUAAGAAAAUUAAUUGAAUGUUCUGGAAUAUAUAGAAAAAAGAUUUUAAAUACUCUUUUAAAAUGUUUAAAUGAUGUAACAUUUAAUUUUAAUAACAAAGUAAAUGAUAUCACAUUGUUUAGUUAUUGUCAAAAUAUAAUUGAUGAUAUUUUAGAAAGCAAAAGUAUGAAUAACACAGAUUAUGAUCUUUUGAUUCAAUUUUGUUAUUUUAAUCCUCUUUUAAUUGAGAAGAGAAUUCAAAAUAUAUUUAAAAAAAUAUUUAUAGAAAAAUCAAGACUAAAAUAUAAACAUUUAAUGAUUUCCAUUUUGGAUGCUUCUAUACAUCUAAAACAGGAAGAAAAAUUAAUUUCAGCAAUAUUAAUAGUUUUAAAAGAUAAUUCAAAUCAUGUAUCAAUUAUGGAAAAUGAUAUGUUUUUUCCAAAUGAAUUCAAACAAAAUUUAAUAAAAGCAAUAAAUAAUAUAACAAAUUCACAAAGUAUAAGUAUAUUAAAAACAUUGACAUAUCAUUUAAAAAUAGAUUUCUUGCAAAUGCUUCAAUCUAAUAACAUUGGUGAAAAUAUUUUAUUAUUUCGAGCAAUAGUUGAAUUAUUUAUUACAUUUUUAGAUGGUAUAUGUAUUUUUGAAUAUAAUAGAACAUUUAGUUCAUACCAAAAAUUUUUAAUUGCUUUCAAUGAUCUAAAAAAUGUGCUAUCACUUUUGACGAUUGAAAUAUUGCGAUUAAAUUAUGAUGAAAAAGUUAUAAUACUAUUAACUGCAAUAUAUUCAUGGAAUGAAACACAAAGAAUGUUAAAUUAUUAUAUACCAAAUAUUACUUCAGAAAAUUUAGUAUCAUCAAUAUCAGAACAUCAGUGGCAACAAUUGAUAAAAAAAGUUAAAGAAUUUGGAAAUGAGAAAUGUAAGAAUAAUAUGAAUAAGCUUAUUUUACAACGAAUUAAAAUGUCUCAAAAUGCAUUAAAUAAAUCUUUUGUGAUGCUUAAUGAUUUAAUAGGUGGUUUAGAAUAUUGUUGGCAUUUCAUAUUAAAAUUUGAUACAGAAAUAAUACAAUUUUUAAAUAAUGAACAAAUGUUAAAAGUGAUACAUUUAUUAUUAGCAGAUAUGACUUCUAAUGUGGAUAAUUUUAAUAAAUGGGUAAAAAUAUUACAUAAAAGUGACUUACAAGAAAAUAAAAGAUUGAUAAUAUUUAUAUUAACUUGUGUUUUUACACAAAUUGGAUAUUUAAUAACAGAAAGUACAACAAAAUCUAUUAGUAAAUGUUUUAAUGCAGAAUGUUUACUUGAAGCUGAAAUUACUAAAUGUGAAAGAAUAAAUAAUAUAUUAAUAUCUAUAAAAGAGGAAUUGCUAAUAAAUAAAUGGGUACAAAUACAAAAUAUAUUUUUAUGUAAAAUUCAAACAUAUUUAGAAGUAUUACUUCAUUUACCAGUAAUGUUUCUGAGUACUAAUUUAAAAUUGAUCAUAUUUAUGUUCUUAUUUACUCUUCGAAUGGAAUGUAAUGAAAAUAAUGAAAUAGUUCUUUUGUGUAAUACUAUGUUUUCAGAUCUCUUGGAAAGAUCUAGCAUUGAUAUAUUUCAAUAUAUAGAACCUUCUUUAUUAUUACCAUUCUUGUCUCAAAAUAGAAUAUUUAAAAAACCAUUGGAAUUAUUUCUUAGGAAUUGUUCAUAUAAAAAUGUGAAAAAAUAUAUAAAAUCUUCAAUUAGUUCCAAUAAAAAUAUGUUUUUUUUAUUAGAAUCUAUGGAAAAUAUUAAACCAAAAUUAAAUAUUAAUCAAAAAAUAAUAAUUAAAAAAGCAGAACAGAAAUUAAUUAAAAUUAUGAUAAAAACUAUAUAUUUUGAAACAAAAAAUUUGGAUCAUAUGAAAACAUUAUGUCUAAUAUUAAAAAUUAGUAUUAAAAAUGAUAAUAUUGAUGAAAAAUUAAAAAAUAUAGCAGAAUCAAUGAUUCAAGAUAUAUUUGUGAAUGAUAAAAAUAAUAAAAUUUCAAAUGAAUUAUUGCAAAAUGGUUUACAACUUAUGAUUAUUAUAUUACAUAAUAAAAAGAUAUUUCAAAUUACAAAUCAGACUAUAAAAAUAAUAUGGUAUACUUUAUUUAAAUAUCCGUUUGUAGAUGUGCUUUUACCAUUGUUAGAAUUAAGUGAACCAAAAGAAUUUUCUGAAUUUAUUGAAGAAUUACAUAAUCAAUUGGUAAAAACUCUUUUGAAUACACAAGAAAAAAAUUUGGAAAAUAUUUGUAUUAUAUGGAAUACUAUCUUAAAAAUAAAUAUGUCUAAUGAUCGCAAUAAAUUACGUUUAAUAGCUAUAAAUAAUUUAAUUCAAACAAUACAAACUAUAAAUAUACCAGAAAAAUUUUUGUCAAGUUUAUUGAAAUUAAUUCAAAAUAUUCUUGUUGCUAAACAUUUAUAUCUUCCUGGAUAUGUUAUUGAUAUGAGUAUAAUUUUUAGUUUAAAAUCAUUAGAAAAAAAUACAAUAUUAAUCUGUAAUGAUACAUUAGCAUUAUGCAAUGUAUUGCUAAAAGUAAGAAUAAAUUUAAUUAGAGAUAGAAUACCUUUAUUAUUGAUAUUAUUUAGACAAAUAUUAAAUAUUUUUACAUAUAAAUCCAAAGAUAUUAUUAAUAAAUCUGAUGAACAUAUACUCAAAUGUCUUGCAUUAGAUAUUGAAAAAUUUACAAAUUCUUUAACAAAAUUAAAGAAAGAUAUGAUUCGAAUAAGUCCCUAUCUAAUAGCAGAUUUAUUGAAAUUAUUUUCAGAAAAUUCAAUAGCAAGUUACGUUAAGAUUUCUUUACAAAAUUGUAUAUAUCAGUUAAUUAGUAUAUGUGAUCAACAUGGAAUUGCAUUAUUAUCUCGAACAUUAUCCGUUUCAAUGCAAGAAAUUUUUAAAACUCAAUUAGAUACAUAUAAUAAAUUUUAUAAAUUUAUUGGUAAAAUUUAA